AUGUCUUUCAAGUUGAUAAACGAGAAGAAGCGCGCCAAGAAGGGUGAUAAGUACAAGAAUUCUGGGACGUUGGAGUUCAACAGUGUGGAGCUCUUGAAGCAAUAUUCUUUUCUGGAUUUUAUCGCUGGAGGGACCCAACUUGAUUUUGCUGUUGCUGUCGAUUUCACUGCGUCCAAUGGUGCCGUUCAUAAGCCUACAUCACUUCAUAGUAUCAGUACUGCUCAACCUAAUCAGUAUGAAAUUGCCAUCAGAGCUGUCAUCGAUAUUUGUCAACAUUACAAUAACAGUAAACUAUUUGAUGCCUUCGGAUUCGGAGCAAUCCUGCCACCACAAACCUGCGUAUCGCCAAUCUUUUCAUUGAAUUUCGAUGCAAAUCCGUCUGUGGUUGGGGUACGAGGCGUAAUGGAAGCAUAUCGAUACGCACUGAAUCGAGUUACUCUCUACGGGCCAACGAAUUUCAAGCCAGUUAUUCAGGAGGUUGCGAAAAAAGCCUCGAGGAUAUCGUCGAAAACCGAUGGAUCACGAUAUCAGGUGCUUCUGAUCAUCACCGAUGGAGCGAUUUCUGAUUUGGCCGCUACAAAAACUGCUAUUAUAGCGGUAAGUGAGCCAUGA